GUGUAUCAAGCGCAUGAUGUAAACGAAGCCAAUGCAUAUCAACGGCGACGCACUCAAUCAAUACAAUACGUUUUGUUGAUGAGUAUUAUACCAACUUAAUAUACCGUUGUUUAUAUAUAUCGUUGAUAUUAAGAUUAUCUAAUAGAAAGUUAUUAUUUAGUACGUGUAUCAAGUGCACGAUAUAAACCAAGCCAUUAUACCGUUGUUUAUAUAUAUCGUGUAAACCAAGCCUUGAUUCACAGGUUAAAAUCCACUUGGGCUACAAGCGCUUUAGAGUGCGUAAAAAAAUUAUGAUUGGUCUAUAUGGCUUUUUGAAGCAAUUGUAGCGUCAAAUGGAUCCUACUACAUCAGGUGAAAUAUAAAUGGCGGACAAUAUCCAACUCUUACUAAAGAAACUCCACUCUGACGAGUCAACUACUCUACAAUAGCACGACCGGAUUAUUGUGAAAAUUGAACGAAUUUAAAGUUCAUCAAGAAGUUUGUCGCUUCUUUAAUAAUAAAGAAGAGCUAAACAUCAAUUUAUCAGUCAGUCGUUGUCCAUCUCUAAUUACGAUUUAAAGAAGAAAAAGUUAUCAUAAUUUCUGGUGCAUGGUGAUAAUUACUUUUAUAAUUCGCACUGAUUUAUACACUACUCAAAUCUGUAAACAUGAAUUCCUUAAUUGGUCGCCUGGAGCAAAUCCAGUCCUAUCUCUGUUAAAAUGGGAAGAGGUUAAUCUCUGAACAUCAGGAUAAAUCAUUAGAGUAAUAAAAUCUCUAGUGGAUGCAAAAAUGUUCAAGAAUACAUUUCAAAGUGGAUUUUUAUCCAUUUUAUACAGUAUUGGCAGCAAACCACUGCAAAUAUGGGACAAGAAAGUUAGAAAUGGACAUAUCAAGAGAAUCACUGACAACGAUAUCCAGAGCCUUGUCCUAGAAAUAUUAGGCAGUAAUGUUAGCACAACGUAUAUCACUUGUCCUGCCGAUCCUAGAAAGACUUUAGGUAUAAAAUUACCUUUCUUAGUGAUGAUCAUCAAGAAUCUGAAGAAAUACUUCACAUUUGAAGUUCAGAUAAUAGACGACAAAAAUGUACGCCGUAGAUUUCGCGCCAGCAAUUAUCAGUCUACAACAAGGGUGAAACCGUUUAUCUGCACUAUGCCAAUGAGAUUGGAUGACGGAUGGAACCAAAUACAAUUCAACCUGGCCGAUUUCACGCGUCGAGCAUACGGAACGAAUUACGUGGAGACACUUAGGGUCCAAAUUCACGCUAAUUGUAGGAUACGUCGAGUGUAUUUUUCGGAUCGGUUAUACUCUGAGGACGAGUUGCCAGCGGAAUUUAAAUUAUUCUUACCGAUUCAAAAUAAAGCGAAGUGUUAAAAUAUGUGAAAGGGGAACGCGAAACUUGGAAAUAUCGCCUGUUUCAAUAUUUCAUUCAAAACGACAAAAAUCAAUUUCGUGCCAGUGAUUAUCAGGGUAUAUUCAAGAGGGUUGAAGCCUGUGCUGUGCCGAAGAAACUGAACUAUUGUUAAAACUAGAUUCAACUUGACUGUCUUCACUCCUCGAGCAUGAGGAGCAAACUACGUGAAAAUACUUGGGGUCCAAAUUCAUGCUGAUUACAGGACGAGUGUGUUUUUCGGAUCGAUUAUGUCCAAAGAAAGAUUUACCAACAGAAUUUAAAUAAUUCUUAUAAAUUUAAAAUAAGCGCCGAAGAGAAUACAAAGUCAAAAAAUCACUUUACUUGUUAAUGUAGUUUAUUUAAAUACGUCGCUGAAACUUGUUGGAAUCAUUUUAAAAAUAAAACGUUAAAACUUUAA